GGAGAAGCCGCCUCCGCUCCCGCGUUACUUAAGCGGGGAGGGAGCGUGCCGGCAGCCCCGCGGGGGGGGCGGGAGGGGGGAUCCGAGGGAGAAAGGCAAACCCAAAGCGUUCCGAGCUAAGCCGAGAUGCGCCGUCCGUAACCCGCAGGCUAGGGCAGGUUGUUCGUUUGGCCAAACACCUGAGCAAUAAAGCACGACCGAACAAUUGAGAGCGGGAGGGCGGGCAGACGGGGCAGCGCAAACUUUGCCGGAGUUGGGGUCUGCCGGGGGGGCGGGCGCGAUGCCGCCCUGGCUGCUCGGCAGCCUCUGCUGCGUGCUGGCGGCGCGGGCGGCGCUGGGCGGCGGCCCCGCGGGCGCGGAGGCGGCGGAGGAGGAGGAGAAGCUGAUCCGGGUGCUGGUGCUGUUGCCGCAGGACGACGCCUACCUCUUCUCGCUGGGGCGGGUGCGGCCGGCCAUCGAGUACGCGGUGCGGAGCCUGCGGGAGAGCGGCUCCGGCCUGCCGCCCGGCUACGCCUUCCAGCUCACCUACGAGGACUCGGCGUGCGGCAACCGCGCCCUCUUCAGCCUGGUGGACAUGGUGGCCCUGCAGCGCCGCCGGCCCGACCUGCUGCUGGGGCCCGUCUGCGAGUACGCGGCGGCGCCGGUGGCGCGGCUGGCGGCGCACUGGGACGUGCCCAUGCUGUCGGCCGGGGCGCUGGCCGCCGGCUUCGGGGCCAAGGGCGGCGAGUACUCUCACCUCACCCGCGUGGCCCCCGCCUACGCCAAGAUGGGCGAGAUGCUGCUGGCCCUCUUCCGCCACCACCAGUGGAGCCGCGCCACGCUGCUCUACAGCGACAGCAACCCCGAGCGCAACUGCUACUUCGCCAUGGAGGGCGUCCAUGUGGUUUUCCAGGAUGAGGCCUUCCAUAUGGCUGUGCACAGCUUCGACGAGACCAGCCGCCACCUCGACAUCGAUGAUGUCGUUCGCGCCCUGCAGGCUGGCGAGAGGGUUGUAAUCAUGUGUGCCAGCGGUGACACAAUCAGGAACAUCAUGUUGGCUGCUCAUCGGCAAGGAAUGACCAAUGGGGACUAUGCUUUCUUCAAUAUUGAACUCUUCAACAGCUCGUCAUAUGGAAAUGGCUCAUGGAGGAGAGGAGACAAGCAUGACCUUGAAGCAAAGAAGGCAUACUCAUACCUCCAAACAAUCACUCUGCUGAGGACUGUGAAGCCGGAGUUUGAGAAGUUUUCCCUGGAAGUGAAAAGUUCUGUUCAGAAGCAAGGUCUGCGUGAGGAUGACUAUGUGAACAUGUUUGUGGAAGGAUUCCACGAUGCUAUUCUUCUUUAUGCUCUGGCUUUACAGGAAGUCCUGAAGUUUGGUUUCAGUAAGAAAGACGGGGAAAAAAUUGUUCAGCAAACACGUAAUAGAACAUAUGAAGGCAUUGCAGGGCAGGUGUCCAUUGAUGCCAAUGGGGACAGAUAUGGGGAUUUCUCAGUGAUUGCAAUGACGGACCCAGAGGCCGGCACACAGGAGGUGAUUGGAGACUACUAUGGAAAGCAGGGGCGUUUUGAAAUUCGAUCAAAUGUGAAAUAUCCUUGGAAUCACGGCAGGCUGAGAAUAGAUGAAAGCCGAGUUUCGGAGCACACAAACAAUACACCGUGUAAAUCAUAGCGUUAACAAACCUGACAGGUAGAAGUUUAAUUUGGUGAAAUUACUUGUGGCAACGGAUCUUCAGCGGCAGCAACUUUUGGAAAUAUUGGUUAGCAUUCUCAAUGUCUUGUAACCUAGCUGGAUGCAUUUCUGUGGCUUUCUUGGGAAACUGUUUCUUGAAGAAUAUUUACCACAUUUCUGAAAAACUGUGAUGACAAUUGAGCCUAAUCUUGGUCUUGAAAAUCAGCCAAUGUUUUCUUGACUUGAAAGAGCACUAUAGACAAAAAGUAAUUGUACAACUGACAGAACCUCUUCUGUUGCCUUCCAGGAAUAAUUGUCAUUUACAGUCUAUAAUACCAGAAGGGUCUCCCUGUGUACAUACACUACCAGUCAUAAAUUUUUCUGAGUCAGCACUGGUUUGAUAUCUUUAGUUAUCUGCUUCAGGAAAUAAAUAUCUUAUUUACCAUGUUCUAAGUAAUUAGUCUGUCCAUUACAGCUACUUGUUCUAGCUGUACACUGGUUUAUUAUCACAGGCUGUUGCUUCUUAACAAUGUCAUUCAGCAUGCACAAUAAACUCUUCCUCUCAAAUUUUAGGUGUAUAUAUAUAGUCUAGGUACUAGCUGAUGUUGAAAAUUGUCACUCUGAACUUAUGCUUGCUCAGGACAUAAAGGGACAGGAAAACCAGAUCCUUGGAAGCCCUGUUCAUCUUCCACCCAUAUUUCUGCAGUACUGAAGCAGUUUGCCCAUUCUGAUCUAGUCUAAGUUCUCACUGUGUGAACAACCACUGAAGAACAACUACUGCUGUGCUGCCUGUGAGACAGCAAACCUCACAGACAGUUGUUUCUCCUGCCUCCCUUUUGAGGUCUAGCAGGCUAACAGCAUGCUUAUUUAAACCACAAAAAACAUGCAGCAGAAGCAGUCCUUGUGUCUCCUCCCUACCUCUUGCCUAGUGUUAGAACAGUAGAAGCAUGUCUGGGAAAAGCCAGGGUCCUGGAUUUGGAUCAGGUCUAUAAUUGAUGUUUUUCUAAGAGAGCAAAGCUAUUAAUGAACCAAUGGACUUGCUGAAUUCUGUUGUUGUAUGAAAACUGAAAAUGCCUCAGUAAAGGCAUUUGAAAAUAAUAUUCACCAUAAUAUAAAUGUCUCCCUAGACAACCUGGCUGAAGCAAGGACUUCUCAAUUAUCUCUCUCGCAACAACAGAACAAUAAUUUUAUUGUCAUUUAGACUUAAGAGGAAAAGAUCAAGAAGACACACCAUCUAUUAUGACUCAGACGUCAUUCUGUCAGGAAUGUGGAGUACUGGAUUUAAAAAACACCUCUUCAAACCAAACAGAAGAAAGAUUUGAUCAGGCUUGUGUCACAGCCAUUGUAAUUAUUACAGCGUGACUUAUGUGUUCUGGUAAGUUUAGACAUUCGAAACAAAGACUGCACUAAUGACUCUGAAAUCUGAGUUAAGAGAAAACUGCUUUCACACUAUAAAGUAUUUCAGACAGUCCUGACAGUGCCAUCUCUGAACUUGCAGGCAGGCUUAAGGUGCACCUGCUGAAGAGCAUUAUCAGUGAUGACUGAACUUCUGCUUGGGCAGCCUUCAAGUGUGGAGUGUGCUGAGAUGCCUCUGCCGUACUGAUCUCCAUGUGCAAACAACAGCUCUAAAGGAAGAACUCACAGCCCCUGAGUGAUUUAAUUAUUUCAUACAAUAUCCUUUCAUUACAAGAGAAAAGAUCCCACUUGCUCCCAUUUGAUUACUGAGGGUUAAAUAAGAUAUCAGAUCAGAAAUAAGCAGGAAGAGGUGGAAGCCAUAGUGUAAUUAGAAAACUAUGACCUAAUUACUAUCGCAGAAACAUGGGACAAAUUGCACAACUGAAAUACUACGAUCAAAAGCUACAAGCCUUUUAGAAAAGACAGGCAGAGCAGGAGGGAUGGCGGAAUUGCCCUCUAUGUUAAGAAGUGGAUAGACUGUGAGGAGCUGCCUCUAAAAAAGACAGCCAUUAUCAGGUUGAGAACUUAUGGGUUAUAAUUAGGGACCGGAUCAAUAAAGGACAUCUGGUUGUUGGGGUUUACUACUGGCUACCUGUUCAAGGAGAGCCUGUUGAUGAAGCUUCCUUGCUUCAAAUACAAGAAGUGUUGUAGUCACAGGCUCUCAUCCUGAUGGGGGAUUUCGACCACCUGGAUAUCUGCUGGGAAAGAAACAUGUGCUGCAAGCAAUCCAGGAGACUCCUGGAGUUUGCUGAGGAUAACUUCCAUGUCCAAGUAUUGGACAGACCAACCAGAGGAAAAAUGUUAGUGGACCUUGUGAUCAAAUAUACUGAGGAGAUCAUUAAAGGGUUAUGAUUGGAGGCAUCUUGGGCUGUAGCAACCAUGCUCUGGCUGAGAUUGUGAUCUUGAGUAAUAUUAGGCUGACAGAGGGCAGAGUUAGGACCAUGAACUUUAUGAGUGCAUACUUCAUGCUGUUUAAGGGACUGUUGAAGAAGGUCCCCUGGGAAACUGUCCCUAGGGACAUAGGAAUGGAACAAACCCGACAGCUCUUUAAAGUCCCUUGCAAUCCAAUGCAUUCUUCAAUUCCAUGAUGAUUCUAUAUUAUUACCUAGAAUAACAGCUUUAGAAACACCUGUGUAUUCGUUAUGCAUCACAUGAACAGGUUCAGUGAAAAGUUAUUGAUAAACAACCCCAACCCCAACCAGUUCAGAGAGAACAAAAAGCACUACAAGAGCUUGAUGAGUAGAGGAAAUUAAGUUAGAAGGAAUUAUAGGUAUUAAUGAGGAAAAGGUAUAUAACAGAGAGGAAUCAGAGAUUCGGGACUUUAGCGUCUGUUCUCAGAAGAGAUUUACCAGAAGCAGAGCACUGGCCAAAAUCCAACCUUCUAUCCUCAUAGGAUAGAGAGAAACGAGGUUUUCUACUGGGCCAUGGGCGGUAUUAGGGAAGAAAUAAUGGACUUUGUCAGGAAGGCACCAAAAGGUUUAAAGAAUGUGGACUAGACUCUGCCCUUCUGCAUGCCUUCUUAAACAGAAAUAAACCUCAGAAACACCUGGGAUUCACCCAGCACUAGUUAUAAAUAGGAAUAACAGAGUAAAGACUUCAAACAAAGGAAAGCGCAGGCUACGUAUCAGGAAAAAUUGCAUAAGAGUGUGAUCUAUUAGCCCUCAGGCACCCCUCCCAGAGGGAGUGGGGCUGGAAUUUCUGUUGCUCAAAGCAUCAAAACCCGAAGUCCCUGGGAGCAUGCUGAAGGAACAAUCCUGCACUGACUGCAGGCAGGAUGAGGUGAUUUAGCUGGUGGUCAUUUCCACCUCCAAAUGCCUUUCAUGUACAUGCCAAGAUGCUUUUAGUGACAAGCUUCAGUUCAACGCCAGAGCUGAAAGCAGCCUGGACACCACUCGAGAGAGUGAUUCAGAAGAAGUAGACAGGAAAGGAGGUAUAGAAAGAGGGGUGGGGGGGUUAAUUUAACUGAGACAAGCCAAAGACUAUAAAAUAUUUUCCAGUUCAGUUUGGGAUGGGAACUGAGGUUGAAACAAAGAAAGAGUGCUUAAGUGAUCCCAUCAGCUCUUGAAUAUUUAUAGAUGCAUGUCAUGUGGCAGCAGCAAGUAUGUUAAAGUCUCAUUAACACUGCUCGUCUUAGUCCAAGCCUGACAAAUUAAUACAGAUUUUAAUGGCUCCUGCCUCCAACACUGACACCUCUGCUCUGUAAGCUCUUACCUGGAUCUGACCAGUCUGAAAUUCUUCCCCUGCCUGAGCUGCAGCUGAAACAAAUGUUUCCAUCAGCGCUAGCACCAAUUUCCUCCUCCCUGCAGCUCCCUGUUCUCUGCCAAGGAAAUAAAAAUGAUGGAGAAAUAACCUCUCCUAAUCAUGAAUGUCUGUCUAAGAAACAUGUUUUAUUUCACCUCUUUAUAUUGUCAGUCUGUUCUGCAGUCCCUCCUUUCGUCACUUGUUUUCACUUUAUCAUUUCUCUCCUUUAUUUCCUCCAUUUUCCUCCUCUACUCUCUGUACUCCAUGCCUAAUCUCCUUCCCCCCCCACUGCCUGCCAUUUCCUAAGUGUUUGCUUUCUCUUUCUUUAAAGCUAUUAUUAAAAUUGUUGUUGUCUUGUUUUAAAGAGUUCACCAGGUUUGUCCAUGCCUGGAGAAAAAUUCUCAGCUGUGCAUGCAACCUGAGACAGUGAAUCUCUGGACCAGGAGCCUUUCUUUUGGUCCACCAGGCAGUGAAGAGGAGUUGUGCAUUUUGCUCCUUUGGUCACUGUCCACCUCUUUGUGUCAUUUUACCUGUGUACUGCUGCAAGGACUACUACUGGGGAGAAAGCACCUUUCUUUAAUACUGUAUGGCUCUGAUUUUAUUUCUGGAUCACUGCAGAAAGGUAAAUAAUCACAACCAACUGUGUUCCUUCAGAGGACAUGGCUUUUGCCACCUGUCCAUUAGUGACAGCCACACAGUGACACAACCUUUUUCAUAAAAGGUAGCACAACUUUCCUUAGGAGAUUUUGAAGAUAUUUUUAUGUUUUAUAACCAGUUCAUCUCUCAUUUCUCAGAACACAACCUCCCAGACUGGAAGAAUGAUUGAAAUCCAAUUGCAAUAUUUCUGCCUUCAACUAUAUUUGGACCACCCACUGAAAACAGAGUUUAUUGUCUGCCAAACAGAUAGUACUGGAGGCAGUGUUGUGCUGGGACGUGAUGUACCUAACUUGGCAGACUAAUGUUAAUAGAAUAGUACUCCUGUAGAAGGAGUAGGCAAAGGCACACCUGUUUGCAUUCCACAAUACCAGCAUAGUUCCUCUUAUUCGCUUAGGUCUGCAAAAUCUGAAGCUGGUUGUAUUAUCUUUAUUAAGAGUUACAGCCCUGUGUUCAGGCAUCCAAGAGAUCUACAUCACAGGAGAAAAUCUUAGAAGUGAUGGUAACUGCAUCUUACGUAAGGCUUCACCGAGGUACAAAGCCCUACACAAAUGUAAAGCAACAGGCACCGCACCACACAGCAUUAACAAUGAGUAGGUGCUGCCUCUUGAAGAGUGUUUUAAUGUUUGGAAUGCCAGCCCAGUUUUCCUAGUUGGUUUCUUUGACUGAGAAUUGGUGUGUUCCAUGACAGAGCAGGCAUCUGAUACUGCUCUUGCACUUCUGUUGUUGAUUUGGGACAGUCUACACUUGUUUGACUUUCCCAGAGGCAAAUCUUUGCUCUGAGAAAAACAGGUCUUAUUUAGAUUUGAUUAAGCAGUCCCACAUAUAAAGAGAACAUCCAAAAUCACUAGUCAUUUGGAAAAAGUAAUUAUUAAAAUACCAGUCUUCAAGUCCUCUUCAGCAGUCCUUAAUCACUACUCUGAAAAUCUGUUUGUUGUAUCUUCCUUUUGAUAACCAAUUUCUUCUCACUAGUAAUUAUACAAAUGCAUGUAUGUGGAAAACACUGAAAACAGAAAAAAAAAAUCAUACAGAAAAUUUGAAUGACUGGGAAAAAAAAAAAUCAGGGAAAUGAUUGUUAAACAAAUUAAGUACUCACAUAGAAAGGUGUGCUCUUUUCAUUAGAAAGCCAAGAGUCAUCCUAAAUCCUAAAUUCCUUUUUGCUAUUGUGAACUAACACAAUCACCUCCUUGAACUGCAGAAGCCCCACUAAUCCUGUGGAUAGAACAAACCAGACGCUAUCAUUUAACUUAUACUCCUAUUUAGAAUGCAAUCUAAAGCUGAGCUUUCAGUCAAAACCUUGCCUCUCAGGUCUGCUGCUGUCGUAGGUUUCAGUGAGCACGUUUACAUCACGCUUACACUGCUCCAAGGCUCUGUGUUUCAUGUGCUGCUUCGGCUCCCUUGUGGAUGCAGGGCUAACCAGAUUAAUUCAGGCUCCCCAAGAAUGUUAGUGUCCUAGGAGGGAGGCAGGAAACUGGACUAUUUAGCAAACUAUUCAUCUAUUUUGCUAAUAGAGGAUAUCACUUCCUACUGCACUUAAAGUUUCAGAAUCAAGGAGGUAAUAUUAUACUCGGUAGAUACUGCAUUGCAAGCAACAUAAUGAUCCUAAUAAUCCAAACCAAUCUGUAUAAAUGCAUCUUUAUGUGCAACAUAUUUUCUUCUAUUAGAUCAUGUAGUAUGAAUAUCAGAUAUACUACAAUCAUGCAUAAUCUAUGCAUUGGAAACAGAGCUAACUUGUGUAUCUAUGUGUUGUUGUCAAAAGAUUAGGGCUAAAUGCUUUCUAAUGUCAUAAGAUACAUGCCCCUUCUGUAGACUUAGAGAUUUCCCUCCAAUGUUUCCAAUGGAGAAAGAUGUCAUGGCUGAGAAACAGCAGUUAUUAAUGGAAAUGAUGGCUUUUUUUAAUUCUCUCUUCCCUGAUCACACCUUUUUUCACAACAUUUCUGAUGUUUUGUAGCAUUCAGAAAUGGAAAUAUAGCUCUUAAAAACAAAGGAUGAACUUCAGAAUUAUUCAAGAUCUGCCCAUAUGAAUGCAGUAGACUCAUUUCCACUGUCCCAUCAGUGAAACUGGUCCAGCUGUACAUUUGUACAUAAUACUAUCAAAGCAAAAUAUAUCUAAAAGUGAAAGACGUCUUUUCAGUGUCUUUUCCAAGUCAUGAAAAUUCUUGAUGUUUUCUAUUUGUUGCCAUUCUUGCUCUUUCUUUGAAGGUACAUAUGAAAAGCUUUGUGUGGUUAUCAACUGUUAUUUUUCCUUGGAAAAUUACUGGCUAAAUUUUGAUUAGAAAAAAAAACAAAACAAAACAAAACAAAAAAACAAAAGAGAAAACCCACUAUUUUCUGAUGAAAACUAUUAUUUCAAUUUGAGGCAGUCCCUACAGUUUUAACUGGAGGUGUUCCAGUGUAAUGAUGCCAUCUUAUAUGACUUUCUCCUCAGAAUUAUCCUCACAGACCAGGCUUUUCUAGCUUGUAUAAAAUGCACAUUGUCCUUUACAGAGCAGAAAGCUGAGUAUUGUGAAAGAGGGAAGUCUGGUGAACCCUGCUCAUAAUACUUCAGAACUCCUAACUGUUGCAGCUUCUUGAACUAAAAAAUACUCUUUUCUGUCAAUUGUUAGAAAAAUAGGAGUUUUCCAUGAGGAAAAUAGCUCUCUUUAUUUUGAACAGCUCUAUUUUCAAGCAUACAAUACAAAGAAAUUACUAAAAGGCAAGAAACCAUAUUAAGUAGUAUUCAUCAUUCUUAUUGAAAACACAAACAGCUUCAGCUAAGAGUUUUGUAGCACGGUAGAACUUACAGGUAUGGCUUCUGAAAUUAAGGGCCUCAUCAUGCCAUCCUGUGUUUGCUUGGUUUACUAAAGGAAUGGGAUCACUGUACCCCAGUAGCUGGUCCAUCACAUUUUGAAUUAGCUGUCUAAAUUCAAGUAUGUUUGAAAGAGGGGGUCUGAAAAAUACUGUGUUUUCAGAAUUUUUAUACAAAUGGAUAACUAAAUACAGGGGGAAUCUGAGAGCAAGCUAAGAUCUCUUCUGACAGAAGGAACCAUAGCCAGCUUCAACAUCUACCAUCUCCGUUAGCCUCUUGUUAGUCAAUAUAAAUGCAUGCACCAAGUCGGUGAUCAAACAUGCUGUCCUAUGCCAUUUCAUAAUAACUGUUUUGAAUGGUAGUGUAAGAUGGAGUCAUUAUUUUUCACAUGGCAUUGAAAUAAACAGAGGAAAAGGACAAGGAAGGUGAAGGAUAAACAUUUUUGCAAAACACAUCUAUGAUACUAAUGAACAUUAAAUCAUUUCUACAGGAGUUUGGAUAUCAAAGGAAACAAGGAAGAAACCCUCCUAAAUUUGUUAAAUAGAGAACAAUUACACUUAUUUUCAUGUUUUUACCCUUCUAUUAUAUGGAAUUUUCCUUCUUAACUUCAUAAUUGCUAACUUAAAUGAAAGUCUGUGCUAAGUCUGAUUUAACACAUAGGACAGACAGACAGAGAGGUUUGGUUUUCAGUAUCAGAGGCAUCUCUGUUGUGGAAAGUUGUCAGCUCCCAAAUGUUGUCCAUACCACACAGAUCUGUGUACUUUGGUGACUUUAUAGCCCAGAAUCCAUCUCCCCAGAGACUUUCUGCAACUUGUAAACCCAUAAGGAAUUUUUCAAGCCAGUUCUACAUCCUAAUUCAUUCACUUAUGAGAACAGAUCCAACGUAACACUUUCCAAAGGCGUUUUGAAAUACCUGCUUUUCUUCAUCACCCUUGCAUUAACAGUGACUUGAAACAUCGACAUGGAUGCCAGAUUACUUCCUCUAAAUUUCUUGGUAGAACUCCUAGGUCCUUGGUUUUGUUAGCUGAGAUACAGAAAUAUGGAAGGGAAGGAAAGUAUUUCAGCAUUUGUUCUUGGCUUUUUCCUUGGAUUAUUUCUAAAUGUACUGUUUACCCUGUAGGUCAAAUGUCUUUAUCAGCUAUGCAGUUGGGCAAAAUAAUUCCAGAUGAAAAGGGUAAAAAAACUGAACCAAAUAAUCACCAAAUAAAAAAUAUAAUUUUGUAUGAAUGAGUAGGUUUCAGACAUCUUGCAAUAUUUUGGAGUUUCAUUUUGAUCUUUUGCUGGAAAGACAACCUAUUUACAUUUCAGCCCCACUCUCUUACUCUCUCUGCAGAAGUUUUCAUCUUGUUUAUUUAAUCACCAAUAAAGAAAAGGCAUGAAUGGGGCACUAUAUUACAGUAUUGUUUAAUCUCACUCUUCCACUAAACAUCUAAAAGUCUUUUCUAUAGAUUAGUCAAGAAUUUCCAGUUUUACAAAAAUAUAGGUCAGUAGAUUUUUUUACAACUUGUCCAAGGAUUAAAGACUCUUUGGCUGCCUAGAAUAACUGGCUUGGAUCAUUUAUCUUUUUUUUUCUCAUUAGUAGCUUCCAGUCUCAUGCUAAUUCCUUCUUAGUCUUUCCUGUUCACUUUCUCGUCUCUCCAUUCUUCAUAACCUUUUAUUUAUAACAGUAAAGACACAGAUACAAAUUACGUCUUGUAAGAUACUCCAAAAUUUGACUGGUUCCUAAAAGGCAAAAGAGCAUUGCAAUGCCUACAGACAUAACUCUAUGAGGCCCUGAGAAUGAGUGUAUGCAUUUGCAGGGUAUGAGGUGCAAUUGUACAAAGAGGGUAGCCAAAGCACUGCUGUACUCUGACAAUCUGUGCCUCAGAAAUGGCCUAGAGAGGAAUUUUGCAACUAAAAACGGCUUUAGCUCUGCAAGAUCCUCCAACGUGCCUCCAUUUCUCCCCAGCAUGAGAGAAUACUCUCUACCAGCUGAUCCUUCAUUUCCUCUCAGAUCUCCAGAACACCUGCACAGAAGACUCACUGCAACCUGAAGGAACUAAAAGUGACUCUGAAAUCAGUCUCUGGAGGACUGACUGUUCAUUGAUUCUAACAACAUUAUAUAAAUAGCAUUUUUUCUGAUAAAGUAUUUACAUGCCAUUUUACAGUUCUUUCAUGGAACCCCUACUUCCUCCUAUUCUGUUCAGGUUCGUUUAUCCCUGUUCAUCGCUAUGGUAUGUGAGAGUGUAAUUGUUGUUAUUAAAGUUGCGAUUACAUCUGUUUUAUCAAUACAUGCCAUUCUGGGGAAAUGGACCAGCAAUUAGAAUUAAAUUAUGUGUUUUUCCGCUUUGAAAUCACUGAUGAAAAAAAUAAUAAAAAAGUAUUAUCUUAACCUUUUUCAAA